AUGGUGAUCCCUCCCAGAGCUCCUGCUCCGCACUCUGGAGCUGUCUUCUCUGAGGGUCAGACCGGAUUGCAUCCCCCUCUUUUGCACAAGCCUCCUCAACCCCCUUUGGGCGAAAAACCCCUCUCCCACCCACCUUCACCAGCGACCGCCGUCACCACGCGCUCUCAUACACACACACACACACUACUACACCCCGACAACCAGCGCUCAGGUUUUUUUUCUGACGUGCCGGGCACUCUCUCUCGCGAAGUCGAGGUCUUUCGGGCAGCGCCGGUGAUGGAAAGCAGAGAGGAGGCGGCGAGGCUGGCGGAGGGAGGUCAGCGUGGCGGCCGCGGCCCCGGUCUGUCGGAAGCCAUCGGGAGCCCCGGGAGAGAACCGCAGGGGAAGCCGAGCCACAAGGGCUGCCUCAGCCCCGUCUCCGCGCCCUACUCCCGGGACAGGACCGAGCUGGCGGUGGAGGAGAGCGCACGGAGGACUAUGUGCGCGGACAUGAGGGCGGUUGUGGGCACGUCUUCGUCUGCCCAGAGGCACCGGGCUGAGCUCCCCCACCAUAAGGACGCCAGCAGCUCAGACACGGAGUCAGACUUCUACGAGGAAAUUGAUGUCAGCUGCACGCCUGAAAGCAUGGACUACUCAGCAGCUAAAGGUCGAAAUGGGGAUUCUCCGGGUCACCCGAGUGAAACUGGCGUUGACCCAGGUAAGGCCGUCCCGGGCCAGGGCUCUCUGUCCUACUCGGCAGACCAGAUCCGGAGGUACCGGACGGCCUUCACCCGGGAGCAGAUCGCCCGGCUGGAGAAGGAAUUUUACCGGGAGAACUACGUGUCGAGGCCUCGGAGAUGCGAGCUCGCGGCCGCCCUAAAUCUACCUGAGACCACCAUCAAGGUGUGGUUUCAGAACCGGAGAAUGAAGGACAAACGUCAGCGUCUGGCCAUGACGUGGCCUCAUCCCGCCGACCCGGCCUUCUACACCUACAUGAUGAGCCACGCGGCGGCCACGGGGAACCUGCCCUACCCCUUCCCAUCCCACCUGCCCCUGCCCUACUACUCCCCCCUCGGUGUGGGCGCUGGUUCGGGUCCGGCUGCAGCCCCUUUUUCGAACCCCCUGCGCUCGCUCGACGGUUUCCGGGUGUUGUCGCAUCCCUAUCAGAGGCCGGAGCUGCUGUGCGCCUUCAGACACCCCUCCAUGUACCCGGGGCCCCCCCAUCACGGCCUGGGCCCCGGAGGCAGCCCCUGCUCCUGCCUGGCCUGCCACUCCGGCCAGUCGAACGGUCUCUCGACCAGGCCCUCCGGCUCGGACUUCAGCUGCUCUCCGACCAGCAGGACAGACGCUUUCGUCACUUUCUCGCCCUCGGUGCUCAGCAAAUCCUCGUCUGUGACAUUAGACCAGAGGGAGGAAGUGCCUCUGACCAGAUAG